AUGGCACUGCGGUUUGAGGCCCUGUACCCAGAGGGGAUGUGUCCUGGCUGGAGCGUCGUGGUCAAGGGCGAGACCAGUUCCAGUACAAGCAUGUUUGAAAUUAAUUUGCUCUGUGAUCCUGGAGACCAAAUUGCUCUCCACUUUAACCCUCGUUUCUCCAGCUCCAGAAUCAUCUGCAACUCCUUCCUUGCCAACCACUGGGGGAAGGAAGAGGUUAAUAGCACCUUCCCCUUCGAAGCAAAGGAGCCAUUCCAGGUUGAAAUCUACUCUGACCAGGACUAUUUCCACAUUUUCAUCGAUGAAAACAAAAUCUUGCAGUACAAGCAUCGACAGAAGCAGCUUUCAUCCAUCACCAAGCUGCAGAUUCUCAAUGAUAUUGAGAUUUCUUCAGUGGAAAUCACCAAACGAGGCCUCUACUAG